GUCUUGGUCGCGUUUAGGAAUGUGGUCGGAAAUUCUUUCGCAUUGACAUUUUGAGCUCCCAAAUAUAUCCCAACACCAGACCUUCUCCUUCCCUCCAACAAUUACUCUUGCUUUUUUUAAUUUUUUUUCAAGGAAAAUCAUGUCUGGCAUUGGAGAGGCUGCUUUAUCUGCUUUCAUGCAAGUGUUAUUUCAGAAGUUGGCCUCCCCAGAUUUACUGAAUUUUGCACGUCAAAAGCCUGUCCAUUCUGAGAUUAAGAAGUGGGAGAAAAUGCUACAAGAAAUCCGAGCUGUGCUUGAUGACGCAGAGGACAAGCAGAUGACGAACCAGUCACUAAGAAUCUGGCUGAGCGACCUGAAAGACUUGGCUUAUGAUGUGGAGGAUGUCUUGGAUGAGUUUGCCACUGAAUCUUUGAGACGCAGGUUGGUGGGAGAUACUGAAGCCAACACAUGUAAGCUUCCAAAGUUCUUUUCUACUUCUUGUACAUGUACUUGCUUCAAUCCAAGAUAUGCCAUGUUUAAUUCCAAGGUGACCUCCAAGAUAAAGGAGAUCACUACUAGAUUAGAAGACGUUGAAAUGAGGAGAAACAAACUGGGUUUGAGAGAGAACGUUGUUGGAGUGACAUCUAGCAGGGUAUGGCAACGACCGCCCAGUACGUGUUUGCAAGAUGAACCCCAAGUGUACGGUAGAGAUGAAGACAAAAAUAAGAUGCUUGAGUUGCUUUUAAGGGAUGAAACUAGCAAUGCAAAAAUCGGGGUGAUACCCAUUGUUGGAAUGGGUGGGGUUGGUAAAACAACACUCGCGCGGCUUGUAUAUAAUGACAAAACAUUGCAGAAUUUUCAUCCCAAAGCUUGGGUAUGCGUGUCCGAUGAAUUCGACAUUAUGAGAAUAACGAAGGGAAUUCUCGAGUCAAUUACUUCACAGCCCUGUGACCUAAAUGAGUUUAAUGAGGUUCAACUCAAACUGCACAAAGAAUUAUCGGGCAAAAAGUUUCUAAUCAUUUUAGACGAUGUCUGGAACGAGAAUUAUGUGAAUUGGAACAAUCUACGUUCCCCAUUUAUGGAUGGAGCAUGGGGAAGUAAAAUAGUCGUGACAACACGAAGUAUAGCUACAGCACAAAUGAUGGGAACGGUUGAAUGUCACAAUUUGAGACGAAUUUCUGAUGAUGAUUGUUGGCUCGUGUUUUCUAGGCAUGCAUUUGAAAAUCGAAGUACCAGUGUACAUCCAAAUUUGGAAAUUAUUGGUAGGAAAAUAGUCAAAUAUAGGUGUGGGGGCUUGCCUUUAGCUGCAAGGACACUAGGUGGCCUUUUACGCUCAAAGCAAAGAGAAGAUGAGUGGGAAGAUGUAUUAAACAGUAAAAUAUGGACUUUGCAAGGUGAAAACAGUGACAUUCUUCCUGUGCUAAGAUUAAGUUAUCAUCAUCUCCCUUCACAUUUAAAGAGGUGUUUUGCUUAUUGCGCGAUAAUUCCUAAGGACUAUGAAUUUGAGGAGAAAGAACUAGUCCUCUUAUGGAUGGCAGAGGGUUUAAUUCAGCAGCAGGAUGAUAAAAAGCACAUGGAAGAUUUUGGCAGUGAGUAUUUUCGGGAUCUAUUAUCAAGAUCAAUUUUCCAAGCAUCAGAUACCAAUGAAUCCCGAUUUGUAAUGCAUAACCUCGUGAGCGAUUUAGCACAGAAAGUUGCUGAAGGAACAUGUUUUAGAUUGGAGGAUGAGCCAAUAGUUGCUGAACAAUACAAAAUAGAGAGAGCUCGCCACUGUUCUUAUAUUCGGGGCUACUGUGAUGGCAUUAAAAGAUUUGAAUCCUUUUACAGGAUUAAAAGUUUGCGAACCUUCUUACCUCUAUCACUAAGAAGGGGCCUAGAAAGCUUUGUGGCAAAUAAUGUUCCUUCUGAGUUGUUAUCGGAAUUAAGAAGUUUAAGGGUGCUAUCUUUCAGUGGCUACAACAUAACUGAGCUACCAGAUUCAAUUGGUGAUUUGAAAUUAUUGAGGUAUCUCGACCUUUCAAAUACCAAAAUCAGAAGUUUACCUGAGUCAACAACUUCACUCUACAAUCUACAGACUCUUAUGUUGAAAGAAUGUUCUCUUCUCAGGAAAUUGCCUUCACGAAUGGAAAAUCUUAUCAAUCUAUUACAUCUUGAUAUUGUAGGAGUAAAAUUAGCAGAAGGGAUGCCAUCUGGAGUAAAAGAGCUGAAAAGUCUUCGGACGCUGUUUGAUUUUUCUGUGAGCAAAGAUAAUGGAGCUGGCAUAACAGCCUUGAUGAACUUGAACUUUCUUCAAGGGGCGCUCCGCAUUUUAGACUUGGAGAAUGUGACUAAUGCUCAGGAUGCAAGGGAGUCCAAGUUAACAGAUAAGAAUUUAGAUGCUUUGUUCCUAAAAUGGGGGUAUAAAAAUGAUGAUGCACGAGAUGAAAUACUAGAAAGAGAUGUACUUGAUGGGCUGCAACCUCAAGCAAAUUUAAAAAGGCUCUCUAUAAGCAGCUAUUGGGGUACAAGAUUUCCAUCAUGGAUAGGAGACCCUUCCUUUCAUAAUCUAGUGCUCCUAAGGUUAGAAAACUGUAAAAAAUGCAUAUCCUUGCCACGACUUGGGACGUUGCCUUCUCUCAAGGACUUGGUUAUUAUUGGAAUGUCUGGUAUAAAAAGGGUUGAUCGGGAGUUUUAUGGGGAGGGUUUCUCAACUCCUUUUCCAGUUCUUGAGACUCUCUGCUUUUGGAAUAUGCACGAAUGGGAAGAGUGGGAUCCAUGUGGUGUUGAAUUCCCUUCCUUGCGCGAGCUUUCCAUUGAAUACUGUCCCAAGUUAUUGGGAGAAUUACCUAGAUGUCUUUCUUCAUUAAAGAAGCUUGUGAUUCGUGGAUGUCUACAAUUGGUGGUUUCACUUCCAAGCCUUUCAAAGGCCUCUGAGUUGGAAAUUGAAAGAUGCAAAGAAGUGGAUUGUAGAUAUGUAGUAGACUUCGGCUCACUAAAGUCCAUGGUUCUUUCUGAAAUCUCUACGUUAACAUCUGUAACAGAAUGGUUCACGCAAGGGUUAAAGAGGGUCAAAGAACUGAAGGUUAGUGGAGAUAUAUUUCCUUCAUCGCUUCAAGUCAAUUCUAAUGCAGCAGAGGAAGAAGAGCAAUUAGUGCAACAAGGGCCAGCUGAUAGUCAACUUGAGAUUUUGACAUUAACUGAUUGUGAGAAUUUCCCUCAAUGGCUUCAUAACCUUGUGUCCCUUAGGGAGCUUAUAAUUGAGGACAGCCCAAGAAUUGUUUCUUUUCCAAAAGCUGGUUUUCCUUCCAUGUUGAGAGUGAUUGGGAUUAGUAACUGCAAUGCUAUAACUUCUUUACCAGAUGCGGUGAUUGACAGCAAGUUUCUUGAACACUUGGAAAUUGAAAGCUGUGAUUCUUUGGUCUCCCUUGGAAGAGGCCAACUACCUCCAACCCUAAAAAGACUGCAGAUCAUAUCUUGCAAGAGUUUGCAGAAUUUGCUGGGUGCGGGAUAUUGUUCUUCUCUUUCCUCUUCAAAGAGACCAAAGGAUGAGAUGAAUGUUGGCUGUAGCAAAAACACAUUUAUUCUUGAGUUUUUAUCAGUGGACUACUGUCCAUCUCUUACUUCCUUAGGGGAGUUACCUGAUUCCCUUCAACACUUGGAUAUUGGUUAUUGUUCAGAGAUCAUAUCCUUAUCAUCAGGAGGCAACUUACCAGCCAGUCUUAAGUUCCUCAAGAUUUCCUUUUGUUCAAAGUUGGAGUCAAUAGCUGAGAGGUUCGACAACACCACAUUUCUUGAAUAUAUUGAGAUCAGUAAUUGCAAUGAUCUUGUAUCUUUACCUGAUGGCUUGCACAAGCUCAUCAAUCUCCAUGAGAUUAGUAUAAUCAACUUACCAGCUCUUGUUUUCUUCCCAUGGGGAGGGUUGCCCACCACGUAUUUGAAAAAUUUUCGGGUCGAAGGCUGUGAGAAACUUCAGUCCCUUCCUGAUAGUGUGCACAACCUCACAACUCUUCAAGAACUAGUUAUUCAUGAUUGUCCAUGCAUUGAAUCCCUUCCAGAAGAAGGCUUGCCUAUCAAACUAAAUUCACUUUGGGUUUGCAAUCUCAAAUUAUCAAAGUCACUUUUUGCAUGGGGUUUACACAGACUCACUUCUCUUAGAUCACUCUGUAUCGAAGGCGGUUGUCCGGAUGUGGUGUCAUUCCCAAAUGAUGAGACAGGAAUGUUGCUGCCUUCCUCUCUGGUUGAUUUGGCCAUUAAAGACUUACCAAAUCUGAAAUACCUCUCCACCAAUGGGUUUCAAAACCUUGCCACACUUCAAGUUCUGUGUGUUCGGAAUUGCCCCAAGCUAGCGUUCUUUCCUAAGAAGGGUCUGCCUCUCUCACUUUUGCAGUUGUAUAUCUUUGAUUGUCCUUUGCUAAAACAGAGGUGUCAAAAGGAUAAAGGGCAAGAGUGGACCAAGAUAGCCCACAUUCCACGCGUUCAGAUAGAUUGGAGAUCUGCCUUCGAGCCAGAGGAUGAAGCCCGAUCCUGAGCUCUAAAGAAUAAAGGGACGCAAGAAUGCCUGGCACAAUUGUAGAACUAACUUUUCAUUGAACCGCCUCUAAAAUAUGAUGCAUUGCAACUGACAAGCCAAUCCAGUCCCAAAGCAGAGUUUCAAAUUUUGUUUUGCUGAUUGACUUUGUCUUUGAAUACUUGUUUUUUAUACAAGCAACAAGGGAAGGAAGACAAUUUGAUUUUUCUGGCCAGGUGACCUUUAAACGGAAAACUAAACGGGACAAUGAUUUUUCUGGAUGUCUAUUGACAUUGGCAUGCAUAAUCACUGGAAAUCCACACUUCUUCCAAUUGGUAGUCCAUAAGUGGUGGCUUGGCUGAUGAAUGAACCUAGAUUAGAAUUAUCACCACAUGUGUGUUGAGCCAGUGAGAAAUGUAUCACGUUGGUUUACUGAAGUAGAAUUGCAGGUAAAAGCGUAAUAUAGUUCAUUUUAUUUUAGGCAAGCUGCAAGGUUAUGAUUACAUGUCCUUAAUAUUUUCUGUCAGUAUCAAUUUAAGGGGGAGGUUGAGAUGCCAUCUAGCGCUUGCAGCAGAAUGGUGUGGCAAAACUCUUUCACCUUCUUGUUGAUGAUUAAGACUUUCAAAGGUACAUUGAUUGAUUGUCCAAGAACUGAAGAUUUCAUCCAUAUGGAAGAUUUUAUAACAGGAUGAAAGGAACCCCAUCUUAGCUCCUUGUCAUCACACCGCAUGUGAAAUUUCAGAAGAUGCAGAGGACUCUUGCAGUGACUAUUAUGUUAAUAGAAGCAAUAUGAGAGAAUUUCCCCAAGUCAUCAACUUUUCAAGACAUUCUAACAAUCUUCCUUAACUCCAUUAAGCAGCUCCUAGCUCAGAUAUGAAUAGGUUUAUCAUAUACAAUUGGUUCAUGCCACUCAUUAGAGCUUAAGUCAUUCAAAUAGCAGGGCAGUCCAUAUAUUGAUUCAUGAUCAAGAAGAGAUGUACUAGCAAUAGUAAAAAGAUGGUGGCAACAACACAAUGUACCCCCGUAUUAUAUGUACAUGAGUUUGUUGUGUUGUCACAUCCCCUGACCAAGAUUUUUUUUUUUUUUUUAUAAGAAGAACCCUGACCAAGAUUUUGGCGAUAA